GGCGCUUCCGGCGGUGGUUGCCUCGGUGAUGUCGUGGGUUCAAAGUACUCCCUUGGUCCAGGGUCCCGGAGAAGAGGGGGACGUGUUUGACGAGGAAGCGGACGAGUCGCUCCUGGUGCAGCGGGAAUGGCAGAGCCACAUGCUGAGACGAGUGAAAGAAGGUUACAGAGAUGGAAUAGAUGCGGGCAAAGCAGUUACUCUUCAACAAGGCUUCAAUCAAGGUUAUAAGGAAGGUGCAGAAGUGAUUAUAAACUACGGGCAACUCAGAGGAACAUUGAGUGCUUUGCUCUCCUGGUGUCACCUUCAUGAUAAUGGUUCAGCUCUGAUCAGUAAAAUAAAUAGUCUUCUGGAUGCAGUUGGCCAGUGUGAAGAGUAUGUGCUCAAACAUCUGAAAUCAAUCACGUCUCAGCCCCAUGUGGUAGAUUUAUUGGACUCUAUUCAGGAUAUGGACCUUGGUCAUGUAGCUCCAGCUGAGAAAAAGAUGGAUGAAGGUAAAGAUGAAAGACUCUGUGAAAAUAAUGCUGAGCUUCACAAAAACUGUGGCAAGAGUCUUAGUGAGGCAGAUUGUUCAUCUCUAGAAUGUUGUAGAAUACAGGAGCAGCCACAUUCUGAAAACCCAAGCCUCACAUGGAUUUUAGAACAGACAGCCAGUUUGGUCAAACAGCUGGGGGUAUCACUUGAUGUAUUACAGCACCUCAAACAAUUAUAAAAAUUCUCUUCAUGUUUCUAAUGAAAGUAAUGUUGAGAACAUUUGUUGGAACACUUUGUUUCUUAACAAACUAACCAAAAUUUGUAGUGGUUUCUACAUGGAACACAUCACUUGUGUGGAAGUUUGAAAUGUCUUCAAAAUUAACACUAUUAAAUGUAAUAAGAGCUUUU